AUGAUGGCGGAGCGUUCACCAAUCAUCGACGCCAUCGAGGAUGCGCAGCGGCCGCUUGUGACCUCCGAUUCCGAGAUGCGUGCUCGUGACGUGUCAGCGCACGCAUGCAGACAGCACGGACACGUGCUGCGGCAUACGAUGCAACGUGUCCCUGCUCGUGUUGAGCUUCCCGAAAUGCCGAUAGGUGCGAACGACGCAUUUACAGCUGCUGAAAUAUAUAUAACACCAUCAUCCAUAUCCGAAAGCGUACCAAGUUCGUGCACAUCCUGCGCGACAGCGUCAGCGUGCGACGCAGAGACGCGAAGGCUCGCCGCUAUCGCGAAAAGAGGGCGCGCUACAAGCCCCUGCGGUGAGCGCUCUUCACAGAUGCUCCCGGCGGGUAGAAUGCCAGCGAGUAGUGCGGCACCAGCAGCGCCCGAGACGCUCGACUCGAUGCCAUCGUAUCCACCCGAUCCCGGUCCCGAUCCACGGAGCGCUGCGAAUAGCAUUGGUGCUUCCACCAAUGUCGCAUCUCACAGCGAGCACAGCGCUUGCGGGUGCUUGGCUACAGAUCAGGACACGAAACCUGAAAACCAGCGCACCACCAGUACGCGGUUCUGCAUAUGUCGCCAGCCGUACGACGCGCGCCGCAACGGCAUCAUGGUAGCGUGCGACAACCCGACCUGCGCGUACGGCUGGUUCCACAUCUCUUGUCUAUUUCUGGACGUUUCACGUGUGCGGGCAUCUAAGACCUUUAUUUGUCGGUUCUGCUCCGGGACAGGGACGGACCUAUUCACUCCAGUGCAGCGACCGAAACGCCCGCGGAGCCAGCAUGGACGUCCGGCCGUCACCGAUUACGCCCGCCUCCAUGAGGGCGAUAUAGGCGGUGCCCUGCGGGGCGGCACCUGCGCCGGCGCUCUGAGCGAGGCGGCACGAGCGGCCGCUGAACGCCGGGCUCAGAGCUGGGCGAAGAACGCCACCAGCGACGCUGGCGGGCUAGCGGCGCAUCUGGGGAUACUCGUCUACGGCACCGGUGGCGAAUUGCAGCGCAUGCCCGAUGCGCCCUGUGUCGUGCUCGAUCCCGACGGGCUCGACAUGCACAUUCCACAUCGUGCUUACCAUCCCGAGGAGGUCGGGCGCGAGUACGGACUUGAGCGUCAUUGCGAAGUGCUGGAUGUCGCGAGCCAGAGUGAGCUGCAUCCCCGCUGGAGCCUGGGGCAGUACCUGGAUUACCUGGCAACCGCGCCAGCGUUACGUCAGCGGGUGCUGAACCUCAUCUCCUUGGAGAUAUCACGAACACCGACAGGGCGAGCGUUCGUGGUGCCGGCGCUGAUUCGCCGAGCGGACUGGGCGUCGCUGUAUCCGGAGCCGCGCCCGCAUGUUGAUAAGUACUACCUUCUGAGCGGCACUGGAUCGUGGACCUCGUGGCAUAUAGACUUUGGCGGAUCGACGGUGUUCUAUCACGUGCUGCGCGGGAAGAAGCGCUUCUACAUGUCACCGCCUACAGAGCGCCAUCUGCAGCUCUACGAGCGGUGGCAGCGGGAUCCGCAACAGGCGCUGCGUGAGCUAGACUUUGUUGAGGAGCUGAGCCCUAUUGCCGUCAUUGACCUCGACGCGGGAAACACGUUGUUCAUUCCGGCGGGAUGGCUGCAUGCUGUGUACACCCCAGCGGACAGCGUUGUGCUGGGAGGCAACAUUCUCCACCUGGGCGGCGUUGUCAUGCAGCACCGCGUGUUCCAGAUGGAGAACCGUCUACGCGUCUUACCCAAGUACCAGUUCCCGCUGUUUCGAGAGCUUCACUGGCUAGCGCUCCGACAGUAUGCCCUUGCACUGCGAGAGGCGCGCACUCCCGGAGCGGUUUUCCAGACGAGUGCUGUGCACAGCGAACGCCAGCACCUGCGCUGGCUAGUGAAGCACUUGCGAGAUCAGUUACAUAACGCCUUGACCAGCGCGCCCGCUGAGUCUCCGAACCCAACCGAACUGCAUACGCUGUUGCGGGACCGCAUCGGGCUCCCCAGGAGGGUCCAGCUCGCGGACGUGCAGCGCUGGCUGGGCGUUUUGGAGGAGGCACUGGAUACGGCCCACGAGCACGCACCCGAGUCGACAAAGGCCGAACGGAAGCGGACAAGGCGGUUUGAGAAACAACUCCGCCCGAGUCCCAGCGCUGACGCACUGGACGCGGCGCCCUGUCGCUCGACUCGGAUUCGUUCAGAAAAGCGCGUCUGA